GCUAAAACCCCGUUAAUGUAAUAUAGCAUAAAUUAUUAUGAUGCGCCAAUUGAAGAUACAAAAUGUUGAAAAAUCCCUUGCUCUCCAGAUAAUAGUGAAUACCCGUUACUUAGCUGAACUACCCGCACUUUCCUGACCUAUAUUUUACGUUUAGGUAAGGAAGGUGAGGACUUUACAUCCCAGAAACAACCUUAUACACAGGACAACUCAGCAUAUCCCACUAAACCCAUUUUAAGAGAAACUUGGCAAGAAAAUCCACCUAUGUCAGAUUAUACAUAGGCUCCCAAACACAAACAUUGGCAUUUGAAAUGUAAAUUUGAACAAAGACAAACCAUCUUUAGAACGUAGUGAUGACGGAAAAUCAGAGAGUUCAUCCAGCAGCAGAUAUUGAAGCACCUCCAACAGCACCUUUGGUCCCCCAUGAUACACCAUCAGAAAAAGGGAGUCCAGUUCAGCACCACCCUCCAUUACAGCGCCUCAUUCUUGCCAUCCAACCAACACCUGCCAAAAAGAGAAACUGUUGUUGCAAGUGUGUAUGCUGGACAAUAAGCCUUCUAGUCCUCUUGCUGAUAAUCAUUGCAGCCACUGCAGGCAUUCUUUACCUGGUCUUCCAGCCAAAACUCCCCAACUAUUCAAUCAACAGCUUACAGAUAAGUGACCUAAGACUCAAUUUCGACAUGACACUCUACGCCAAAUUUUAUGUGAAGAUUACAGCCAACAAUCCAAACAAGAAAAUUGGGAUUUACUACCAGAAAGGAGGUAAGCUGAGUGUAUGGUACACAAAAACUAAGCUCUGUGAAGGGUCACUGCCAAAUUUCUACCAAGGUCAUCAGAACAAAACAGUGCUCAAUAUGGCCUUGACAGGCCAAACCCAGUAUGGGAAUACUUUAAUGACCGCAUUGCAAGAACAACAGCAAACUGGACGAAUUCCAUUGGAUCUUAAGGUUCAUGCACCUGUAGCAGUUAAACUUGGGAAGCUGAAGUUGAGGAAGGUGCAAGUCACUGGGGGGUGCCUAUUGGUGGUGGACAGUUUAGCCACAAACAAUUUAAUUAGCAUUAAAGCUAGUAAUUGCAAGUUUAGAUUAAGGCUUUGAGUUCUUACCAGUUUUUCAUUCUGUCCAAGCAAGAUAAAACUUGCUAUACUUUUGUCAUCACUCCAGGGCUUCAUAUUUAUAUUCCCACUAGUUUUCUCACUUCCACACACUCGGUGGAAAAGUAGGAUUGUUCUUUAAUGUGAGAUGCAAUAAGUUGCAGAAAUGGUCCAUUUCUCCA